UGGAUGCUGUAGUUUGAAUCGAACUUCUGUUCUUAAUUUUGAUUGUGGCUUCUGGCAGAUUUUAAAAUUUUUGUGAUAUUCGUGUUCUGCUUUUGUUAACCCGGAACAAGCUAAGAAUCCGUUCAGGGGCAUAUGCCGGAAAACAAACCUCCAUUCCUUCCUUCCUUAAUUUUGAAAUAUUUGUAAUGUAUAAAAACUCUCAGAAGCCAAAUGUGAUUGAAUCAAUAUCCAUGGCACCUAAUUUGUUCAUUAAAAAUGCUCACACAGAUUGAUUUGGGGACAGGUUACGGAACCAACGAACAGAGAAAAAAUAUUGCCUAUAAAUCAUCAAGAUUAAAUAUAUGAACAAUAGAAGUUUAACAAUUCCUGCUUCCUUAGGGUUAAAUAUACGCAGUUAACUCUGUACUUUUCAACAAGGCUUGCUAUCUCAUCUACUCAAUGAUUUAGAAAAGAAGUUAUGUUAUAUAUGCAAAAAAAGCAAGUAAUUCUCUGAAAAAUUAAAAAAAUAUAUAGCAUGCACAAUAUCAGCAUAUCUAAUAGAUACUUCUGCUUAGCUUCACAGAUACUUAUGAUUUAACAUGAUGAAAACUUUUAAUCAGAUUUAACUUGUGUUGCAAAAGAUUUUCUUAAAAGCAUGCUGUAGCGAGGCAUAUUCUAACACUUGUGAAAGAAAAGCCUGUCUGUAGAUCAUACUAUAUAAAAUAUUUUCUAAUCAAAGCACUCAAAUUUGGAAUAUAUACAAGCUUACCAAAGAAUUCUGCAAAAUGUGUACUAAAGUCUUUUCUACGCAGGAAUAUAUAAUACCACAAGUCUCGACGCAUAUUAAAGAGAAACCAUUUGUUUGUAAUGUGUGUGAUAAAGUAUUUUCUCUCAAAGGAAUUUUAAAGACACAUUUAAGAACGCAUACUCAAGAGAGUCCGUAUGUUUGUGAGGUUUGCAGUAAAGCGUUUUCUCACGAAAGAAAUUUGAAGGUACAUUUAAAAGUACAUUAUCUGAAUACAGGAGAUAAUCCAUACGCUUGUAAUGUGUGUGGUAAAGUAUUCUCCCACAAAGGAAAUUUAAAGACACAUUUAAGGACGCAUACGAAAGAGAAACCGUAUGUUUGUGUUUGCAAUAAAGCGUUUUCUUUACUGGGAACUUUAAAGAGUCAUUUAAGGACGCAUACGAAAGAGAAACCGUAUAUUUGUGAGAUAUGCAAGGAAGCGUUUUCUCACAAAAAUAGUUUAAAAAUACAUUUACUGUCGCAUACGAAAGAGAAACCGUAUGUUUGUGAGAUAUGCAAUAAAGCAUUUUCUCUACGAGGAUAUUUAAAGACACAUUUGAUGACGCAUAUGAAAGAGAAACCGUAUGUUUGUGAGAUUUGCAAUAAAGCGUUUUCUCGCGAAGAUAGUUUAAAGUUUCAUUUACUGACGCAUACGAAAGAGAAACCGUAUAUUUGUGAGAUAUGCAAUAAAGCGUUUUCUCACAAAAAUUAUUUAAAGAGACAUUUAAGGACGCAUACGAAAGAGAAAACGCAUACGAAAGAGAAACCGUAUGUUUGUGAGAUAUGCAAUAAAGCGUUUUCUCUCAAAAAUAGUUUAAAGACACAUUUGAGGACGCAUACGAAAGAGAAACCAUAUGUUUGUGAGCUUUGCAGUAAAGCGUUUUCUGAGGCAGGAAAUUUAAAGAGACAUUUAAGGACGCAUGCGAAAAAGAAACCGUAUGUUUGUGAGGUAUGCGGUGAAGCGUUUUCUUACAAAAGAAGUUUAAAGAUACAUUUAAGGACACAUACGAAAGAUAAUCCAUAUGCUAAUAAUGUGUGCGAUAAAGUAUUUUCGCAUAAAUAAUACAAAGUAAUAAUUGAUACUGUGUAGUAAUUUAAAUAAAUUCCCACUAAAUUUG